UGUGUGGGGAUCAAGCCUCACUACUCCGCAGCCUUCAUGUUUGACAGCACAGAGGGAAGAAGACGAACAGAAGAAGAAGUAGAAGAAGAAGAAGAAGAAGAAGAAGAAGAAGAGGAAAAAGAAGAAGAAGAAGAAGAAGAAGAAGAACAGUGACUGACGCGGUUUCUGACUCUCUGACGCACCGGGGAACUUUGUGUCCAUGUCACCAGCAAGCCUGAGGCCAGGACACCCAUCAGCCUGCAGCAGAGCUCUCCGCCUUUUCCCCGGAUUACUUUAACCAGUCCAACCAGGGAUUCAAUAGCCUGGUUAUGGAUUUUAACCUGCUGACGGACAGUGAGGCCCGCAGCCCGGCGCUGUCGCUCUCCGACUCCGGGACCCCGCAGCACGAGCCGGGAUGUAAAGGCCAGGACACCAGCGACACAGAGAAAUCCCACCAGAACCAGCUGGAUGAGUCCGGCGCUGACGACGGCUCUCUGAAGAAGAAGCAGCGGCGGCAGAGGACUCACUUCACCAGCCAGCAGCUGCAGGAGCUGGAGGCCACCUUCCAGAGAAACCGCUACCCCGACAUGAGCACCAGAGAGGAAAUCGCAGUGUGGACCAACCUCACGGAGGCACGGGUCAGGGUCUGGUUCAAGAACCGCCGUGCGAAGUGGAGAAAGCGCGAGAGGAACCAGCAGGCGGAGUUAUGCAAAAAUGGCUUCGGUGCCCAGUUCAAUGGACUCAUGCAGCCGUACGACGACAUGUACACCGGCUACUCCUACAACAACUGGGCUACCAAGAGCCUAGCGAGCAGCCCGCUCUCUGCCAAGAGCUUCCCAUUCUUUAACUCUAUGAAUGUAAGCCCCCUAUCCUCCCAGCCCAUGUUCUCCCCCCCCAGCUCCAUCCCCUCCAUGAACAUGGCCUCUGGCAUGGUGCCCUCAGCAGUGGCCGGGGUUCCCACCACGGGGCUCAACAACCUGGGCAACCUCAACAACCUCAACAGCCCCACGGCGCUCAACUCGGUAGCGGUGAGCGCGGCCACGUGCCCCUACGCCACCACAGCCGGCCCCUACAUGUACAGAGACACCUGCAACUCCAGCCUGGCCAGCCUGCGGCUCAAAGCCAAGCAGCACACCAACUUUGCUUACCCGGCAGUGCAGAACCCUGUGUCCAACCUGAGCCCCUGCCAGUAUGCUGUGGACCGGCCGGUAUGAAGAAGAAGCUCCGACGGUGCCCCCCUGACCCAAAAGUCCACUAUUGCUGCCCCCCCCCCCCCCCCCCCCCCCAUGCCACUUCACAUCUCUUCAGCUCCAUCUGUAGCCUGCCAGAUGUGCUGCAGACUGGCAGACCGUGCUGUGAUGGUACACUAUAUGAAUAAUCUUCGAAACGGACAGAGCAAACAGACGGGCCCGGAUGGACCAUCGCGCUUCAAAAGGAAUUCUUUCCAGCUUGUGAGACUUUGUCGCUGAACUGACCAACUGCUUCAAAGGAUUUCUAAAGAAAGAGAAAUGUCCAUUAUCAUUUUGUUUCCUUCUUUUGAACUGCAUGAUUCAAGUAAACGUAGAAACCAAGAGUACAUAAAACACGGAUGCUUCAACUGGACUUGGCCCAAAAAACAUCAAAUACGGUCUUUGCCACUGGCGCAGGACAAGAGACCUGUGGUUGCAAUGCGGGACAAAUGGAGGAUGUAUAUAAUGGACUUUUUUGUUUUGUAUGUGACAAAAAAUAUAUGAAAACGUACUUUAAAGAUGAGAAAAGCAUGCUCUUCAAAAGCAAAGGCCCUAGGUUUAUGUACUAUGAGCUCAACCUUUAGGAACUCUAAACUUUGUUGUGAAUUCUUCUCCCCUUUGGAAAGCCAAAGGUCAAAGGUCAGCUUGGAUGGGCAAGAGGAGGGCAGUCGUGGAAAACGAACACAACCUCAAAACACAAAAACAACAAUUUAAUUACACAUACCAGAACAUACGAUUUUUCAAGUAAAACUCUAAAAAGCCAUUGAGUAUAUAGAUUUGUGUGGUGUUAUACAAAGGGAGUCCAUGACUGUAAAAAAAAUGUAUGUAAGAGUGCAGUUGUCAUAACAAAAAAACAAGCUUUUUUCUCUCCUGGUGUAGCUUGCUCUGUCUCAUUAAAGAACCAAUUAAAAGAUCCGUUUUUAUGAACUACAAAA